CACGCAAACGUGGCGGAAUCGCUUUGCUAAGAUGCCGAAGUAUUACUGCGAUUACUGUGACACCUACCUAACACACGACUCGCCAUCUGUCCGGAAAACGCACAAUGGUGGCCGAAAACACAAAGAAAAUGUGCGGUUUUACUACACAAAGUGGAUGGAGGAGCAGGCACAAAGUUUAAUUGAUCAAACAACUGCCGCGUAUCAAGCUGGCUCCACUCCAGCACCAGUUGCCCACAUACCUCCCCCUGGAAUGUUACCACCCCCACCCCCUGGAAUGAUGCCACCACCUCCAGGAGCUCUGCCUCCCCCUGGAGCUUUACCUUUUCACCUUCCACCUCCUGGAGCAAUGCCACCACCAGGUGGGAUACGACCACCUCCUGGAGCACCACCCCAUGGGGGCCCGCCAGGAAGGAUGCCAGGUCCCCCAGGGGGAGGAAAUCAACCACGACCAAUCGCUGGAAAAUCUUGAUGAAGCAAGUUACCUAGAAGAGAAAUUGUAUAAUUUUGCCCUAGUCUUGUUAUGCCAAGAACUAUUAUUUUGUUGAUUACAAGAUGACUUGACAGAAAAGAUGAAGAGCAGCACAGUGAACUUUAUGUUCACUGUAAACUUGUUUUUGAAUAGGUAGAGACAGACAUGUCUAAGGCAACAAUGCUAUUGUUGCAAAAAGAGCCCUGUUUCCAUACUAUUUUCCACACAACCACAUAGCAAGACCAUGUACGGAUAUUGGGUUUUAACUUCAUUCUUUCCAUACACUUUCCCGUAUUAUGUUGUAAAUAACCUGUAGUCUGUCCGAUAUUAAACUGUGGCUUUCAUUCGUAGACUCAAGUUUCCAGUUUUUUUUUUUUUCUCUUUCAAACAGCGGAAUGUAUUGGGUCGGCCAGAGGCCAACACCAUGACUAAGUCAUAAUAAAGAGUUAACCAAAACCGGAAACUGCGCACAAAAAGUGUCUGGUACCCAGGAUAACCUUUGGGUUAUUCAUAGCAUGAUUAUGCAAAUCAUGCCUAUUCAUAUAUUUUGAAGUCCUCCAGUUUUGACAAGAGAUAUCAGUCACUCUUAGGCUGUGUUCACACUUGCUGCCCAAGCACCAGCACAAAUUAGUGUCAGGUGCAGACAUUAGGUACUCCAAGUACCCAAGUACCAGGGCACGGGCACUGUACUUGAAUUCUGGUGUGAGCACUUGUAAAAAGGGCGUGUUCACGUUAGUGCCAAGUAAGAAUCAUGCUUAGGCACCACGCUCAGACACUAAGUGUAAACAUAUCCAUAUUUGUCAUUAAGGUGAUUCUCUAGUAAAAGGACCCGCCAUAGAUUUCCGAUGAAACUUGGUAUGGGAGUCACCGUGCUUGUUUUCACGCCACAAUGCUGACAACUACGGUUAUUUAGGUGACUUUUGCACGCGCAUGCGCUCAUGUGCCCGUGCUAAUGACGCAAAAACCGUGCGCAGUAGGGAUGCGCAAUGCGAUACUAAGGAAUCACCUUAUAAGAAGAAACCAAUCUAGACUACGAGCGGUCGAUCGGUUUUGUUCCUGAAUCCUUUGCGCGAUUGGAAACGAGAGGGGAAGAAACGUUUCCUUUUUCCUUCUUUCUGCACCUACUCUUCUCGCACUCGUCUUGUAUUCUUGUAUUCUUUUGUAUUCUUGUAUUCGCGUCGGACACUAGGAAAAGAAAGAGACUGCUCACAGUCUGUACUGAAUACUCGGGAAUACCUGCGAUCAUUAGGCGUUCUUUUUUUCAAAAAAAGAACGCCUGAUCGCGAGUGAACUCAGGGAGACUCUGCCAAAUUCGGCCUCGUAUUGUACCUUUUCUAAUCGGAUGCAAGUCAUCUCUUGGGCGGGGGAAGAACUGAGAUGUCUUUUUUCCAAAUUUUGUCCUAGUACAGAUCAGUGAUGGAUGACACUGACUAGGCACAAGCGUGUAGCCCAAAAAGCUUCAAGAAGCUUUUUUUUUUUGUAAGAGCACCAUGAACAGCAUUACUUUGCACUGCAUUAACUUGAUGACAUGCACCUGCACUAGCACUCCGUGGAGGGAUAGGCAACCUUUGCCAUGUAAAAUGUAGAUGUAGAAUACGUCUCUCUUGAAAGCACUGAUCGAUUUGAACCCAGUGACUAAGAGAUAAUCAUAGUAAGAUUCUGCUCAUGAAAUUAAUACCGCGCUCUAACUAACAAGACUAACAAGGCAAUGUAUAUUGUAGGGCAGCACGUUUCGUUAAAGGAGACUGUCACAACUAGAGAACUCGGUUUAACACAAGUGAUGACCAUAGAUGUGUUACAUAAUCAGCUUGUGUAGUUCGAUUCAUUCUAUCACCUUUUCAGGCAUAGUCAUGAUGUAGAGUGUUUGAUAAUUAGCAUGCAUUGUCCCGCAAGCCCAAAUAUAUGUAGACGCUUCUGGAACUUUCUAUUAUUUACAUAGGUAUAAAAACUUGUAGGUUUAAGUCGGAAUUUUCAUUCAUUAUCAGUGUGUGUGUAAGCAAUAAAACUUUUGCCAUCCGGA